AUGACAGCUGUGAAAAAGUGUGGCUAUUCAGAUAACCUCUUAGUAUUUUUUGAAAGUAAACUACAUUUUAACAAUGAAUAUCUACUCUUAUCUUCCAUAGAUUGUACUGUUUGCUGCAAGUCAACUCGGUCCAAUCUCCAGGAUCUUUGUAGAUUGGAGAAGCUGUGUUGCCCUUCCUUGGGCAUUACCAAAAAAAACCUCAGUGAUUUUGAAGUAGAAUAUCUAUGUGAUUAUAAGAAAAUCCAGGAUGAGGAAUUCUAUCUGGUGAAGUGGCGGGGCUAUCCUGAUUCAGAUAAUACCUGGGAGCCCCGAAAGAAUUUGCGAUGUAUCAGCAUACUCAAGCAAUUCCACAGAGACCUAGAACAGGCAUUGAUCCGGCGUGGUAGCAAGCUCAAAAAGAAUAUGUGCUUACUUGAUCAAGGAAUUUCCAAUUAUUUGGUUCAGAAGGCCAAACAGAGGCGAGCUUUGCAGCAUUGGGAAUAUGAGCUCAAUGCCAAACGCAACCACAAGGGACGAAUUGUGGUAGAAAAUGAGGUAGACUUGGAUGGGCCUCCCCGGGACUUUGUCUACAUCAAUGAGUAUAAAGUUGGGGAGGGUAUCACUCUCAACCAGGUGGCUGUAGGCUGUGAAUGUUCAGACUGUCUGUCAGAAGCAGCAGGAGGAUGCUGUCCUGGUACCUCACACCAUAAAUUUGCCUAUAAUGAGUUGGGCCAAGUGAAGAUCAAGGCUGGCAUGCCCAUCUAUGAGUGCAAUUCUCGCUGCAACUGUGGUAUUGAUUGCCCAAACCGUGUAGUACAGAGCGGCAUUCGUUAUGACCUUUGCAUUUUCCGGACAGAUAAUGGACGUGGCUGGGGUGUACGUACAUUGGAGAAGAUCCGCAAGCACAGCUUUGUCAUGGAAUAUGUUGGAGAGAUUAUCACAUCAGAAGAAGCUGAACGACGGGGUCAGAUUUAUGACCGACAGGGUGCCACUUAUCUGUUUGACCUGGACUACGUAGAAGAUGUAUACACAGUAGAUGCUGCCUAUUAUGGCAACAUUUCACAUUUUGUUAAUCACAGUUGCAACCCCAAUCUACAGGUAUACAAUGUUUUUAUUGAAAAUUUGGAUGAACGACUGCCACGCAUUGCUUUUUUUGCUACUCGAUCUAUCAGAACUGGUGAAGAACUCACAUUUGACUAUAAUAUGCAAGUGGAUCCAGUAAAUGCAGAAAGCACAAGGAUGGACUCUAAUUUUGGCCUUGUGGGAAGUCUGGCUGGCUCACCGAAGAAGCGGAUGCGAAUUGAGUGUAAAUGUGGCACAGAGUCUUGUCGAAAAUAUCUUUUCUAGCUCUUUGCUAGUUUUUCUUGGAAGAUGUCUUGUGAAGCCUGGAUUGGAAGCCCAAGCUGGCUGUUGAAAGAUUGCAGACAGAGGCUAAGAGUCAGGAACUUACCUGUUUGAAGAGUAAAUGAUAAAGCCUAGAACUGCAAGAGGGCAGUAAUCCACAUUUCUUGGGCUAUACAGCACUGACUUGGCUGCUUCUGAUUCUUAUGGAAACAUGGGUGUGCGACAGUCUCUUCAGCAGGUGGACAGGUUGCUUGACUUUUAUCUUGCUGCUGAGAUGCUUGCUGGAAAAACUACAGCAUAGAACAGAACUCCUUUCAUAAGUCUGUGCUUAUCUUAUCUGAACCCUCAACUACAACUUACUGUUUAAAGCCUUAAAUGCGAAGACAAGGAACUGGUUAAUUUUUCAGGUUUUUUUCUGAAGGACAAAAAUAUUAAUUUUCUGUAAGAAGCACUUCCUAACCAUCUUACUGGUAGGUGGGAAAUCAAAGCCGUUUUCUUCUUCCUGUGCACAGAUUUUGCAUUACCUCAGUGUGCCAAAUGACUGCUGUCCAUUUUUACAUAAUUGCUACUUGAAGUCGCACUUAGAAACCAUCAUGGAGUUAAGCUCUAUGCAACCUGAAAAAGCAACGUCAUCUUUUUAAUUAAUGAAUUUUGUUUUUAAAGAAAAUGUUUAUAAUUUUUUAAUGGGUUGGGGCAAAAAUUAGCUUCUGGAGAUAGUUGUAUUUUUAAAGAUGUUAAGAAGUUCUUGAAGUAUGACUGCUGAACUGAAUUAGUUGUCUGGAUUCUUUAUUCUGUGUUUUAUAACUUACUGUUCCUUUAAAAAAAAACUUUUUUCACUGCAGUAAUAAUGUAAAGAAAAUAGGGUUUAGAAACAGCUUUAGUCUAACAGAAAUAGGAGAAACAUAUAACCAGAGUUGCCAAAUCAAAUCACUUGCUUUUGGACUUCAGUUUUUAUAAAUACAAAAAGUGAUAUUAUAGAACAGGAACAUUUAUGUUUGGCACAAGAAAGUGAGGCUUUAAUUUCUUUGGUUUUUAUACAUUCGAAUAAUAUAAUUGGAAGUGAAUAUUUAGGCCAUUGAGUCCAAGCCCCUGCUCAGUCCCAAAUCAAAAUGAAAGCAUCCCUGACAAAUAUCUAUCCAAUCUUUGCUUGCGUAUAUCCAGCGGUAUGCUGUUUUUGUUUUGAAGCACGAUGAGCGAUAAAACUUUUGCUGCUUGACCCUGUUAGGAAGAAAAUAGUGAACAAAUAAAAUGGGGUGCUUAAAACUGCUCAAGGUGUAUUUUCCCCUAUAGAAGGGAAAAUAAGGAUAUUAGAUCUCGGUGUUCUUUUGAACAUUUGUAUUCAAUAUAAAAAGUAUACAAAGAAAAACAUUUCAGGGAUAUUAUGUACCUUUUUUCAAAUGAGAGCCUGGACUUAGCCUUUUAAGUGGCUCACCAACUUCAUUCAAAAAGAGUAGCAAAAUGAGAGUACAUUUUAAUAGGUUUUUAAAAAAAUAUUAAAUAUUUGGGUAUAAUUUAUUAUCUGUAUCGGAAUACAGUCAUUUUAGUAGGUACUGUAGUCACAUUUUCCUUAUUGGGGACCAUACUUUUUACUUUAAAAAAUUAUACCUCUGGGGAUGAUAGUGAUGCAGAAUUUUCAGCAGAGAAAUUAAGGCUGAAUUUUUGCACUUUUGUGGGAACUGUUUCAAAUAGAUGCAUUAUGCCUACAAGAAGUUCAAUAUGUUUUACAGCUUUAAUUCAUUAAAAGGAGAAAUGC